CAGCUUCAGCAGCUGCCCGGAAGCAGUGCCCGGAUGUUUGCGACCGCCCCUCCAGGUACAGCGGAGGAGAUGGACUGGUAGUGGUGCGUUUGUCGGGUCAUGCGGAUUGUGAAGCUGAGUCUGUUAGCGGAGCGCAGUUGUUUGUGGGCCUGGAAGUGGGAGCUGUAGUUUGUCUGGGAGCGGAGAGACUCCAGGGAGGAUGCAGCUUUUACUCCACAGGGAUUGGGAGGUGUUUCCGGCAUCUGAGCUCAGGUAGUUUGGCUGUUAAAUGGAGUCUGAGCAGCUGUUUCAGCGGAGCUAUUAUCGCAACAGUUACAACAGCAUUACAAGUGCAAGCAGUGACGAGGAGCUCUUGGAUGGAGCCGGUGGCAUGAUGGACUUCCAUACGUUGGAAGAUGACAACUUGUUGGAUGGUGAUGCAUCAAUGGGAACACAUUAUACUGUGACAAAUGGAGGUGCAAUUAACAGCACGACUCACCUAUUGGAUCUCCUAGAUGAACCUAUCCCAGGAGUCGGGACCUAUGAUGACUUUCAUACCAUAGACUGGGUGCGGGAAAAAUGCAAAGACAGAGAGCGACACAGGCGGAUAAACAGCAAGAAGAAAGAAUCUGCAUGGGAACUAGCAAAAAGUCUGUACGAUGCCUGGUCUGGAUGGCUGGUAGUCACACUAACCGGUUUAGCAUCAGGUGCCCUUGCAGGCUUUAUAGACAUUGCUGCAGACUGGAUGGCAGAUUUAAAAGAAGGUAUUUGUAUGACCGCUUUUUGGUUUAACCAUGAACAGUGCUGCUGGGACUCCAAAGAGGCAACAUUUGAAGAGAGAGACAAGUGCCCUCAGUGGCAGACAUGGGCAGACCUAAUAAUUGGCCAAGCAGAAGGUCCUGGAUCUUAUAUAAUGAAUUAUUUCAUGUACAUUUUUUGGGCCCUAAGUUUUGCCUUUCUCGCUGUGUGUCUUGUGAAAGUAUUUGCCCCUUAUGCUUGUGGUUCAGGAAUACCAGAGAUUAAAACUAUUUUAAGUGGAUUCAUCAUCCGUGGAUACCUGGGAAAAUGGACGUUAAUGAUAAAAACUAUCACGCUGGUUCUUGCUGUGGCCUCAGGUUUAAGCUUAGGGAAGGAAGGUCCCUUAGUACAUGUUGCAUGCUGUUGUGGCAACAUAUUUUCCUACCUGUUCCCCAAGUACAACACUAAUGAGGCAAAGAAAAGAGAGGUUCUGUCAGCAGCAUCAGCUGCUGGUGUUUCUGUUGCUUUUGGAGCUCCCAUAGGUGGAGUACUUUUUAGUCUGGAAGAGGUGAGCUACUAUUUCCCUUUAAAGACAUUAUGGAGAUCAUUCUUUGCAGCCUUAGUAGCAGCAUUUGUUCUAAGGUCAAUUAACCCUUUUGGGAACAGCCGUCUUGUCCUUUUCUAUGUAGAAUAUCAUACCCCAUGGUAUUUGUUUGAACUUAUCCCAUUUAUUCUACUGGGUGUAUUUGGAGGACUUUGGGGAGCGUUUUUCAUCCGUGCGAAUAUUGCCUGGUGCCGGCGGCGCAAAUCAACCAGAUUUGGGAGGUAUCCAGUAUUGGAGGUUAUCGCCGUGGCAGCCAUCACGGCGAUUAUUGCUUUUCCCAAUCCGUACACACGGUUCAACACUAGCCAGUUGAUAAAGGAGUUAUUUACAGACUGUGGGCCUUUAGAAUCCUCCUCUUUGUGUGACUAUAAAAAUGAUAUGAACGCCAGCAAAAUUGUGGACGAUAUACCUGACCGCCCUGCAGGGACUGGGGUGUACUCCGCUAUUUGGCAGCUGUGCUUGGCUCUGGUGUUCAAGAUUAUUAUGACAGUCUUCACCUUUGGCAUUAAGGUACCUUCAGGUCUGUUUAUCCCAAGCAUGGCAAUUGGUGCCAUAGCAGGCCGGAUUGUGGGCAUUGCAGUGGAACAACUGGCUUAUUAUCAUCAUGACUGGUUCAUAUUCAAGGAGUGGUGUGAAGUGGGAGCUGACUGUAUAACUCCUGGGCUAUAUGCUAUGGUUGGUGCUGCUGCAUGUCUUGGUGGUGUGACCCGGAUGACAGUCUCUCUUGUAGUCAUAGUAUUUGAGCUAACUGGGGGCCUGGAAUACAUUGUCCCCCUUAUGGCAGCAGUGAUGACCAGUAAGUGGGUUGGGGAUGCCUUUGGAAGGGAAGGUAUAUAUGAAGCUCAUAUACGGCUGAAUGGAUAUCCAUUUUUGGAUGCCAAGGAGGAAUUCACACAUACAACUCUAGCUCGUGAUGUGAUGAGACCAAGAAGAAACGAUCCUCCAUUGGCUGUUCUAACUCAAGACGAUAUGACUGUUGAUGAUGUUGAAAGUCUAAUCAAUGACACCAGCUACAAUGGCUUCCCUGUCAUCAUGUCUAAGGAGUCACAGCGCCUUGUGGGAUUUGCUCUCAGAAGAGAUUUGACAUUAGCCAUUGAAAAUGCAAGAAAAAAGCAAGAAGGUAUUGUUGGUAGCUCACGAGUGUGCUUUGCCCAGCACACCCCAUCCCUCCCUGCAGAAAGUCCUCGCACUCUUAAGCUACGCAGUAUCCUUGACAUGAGUCCUUUCACCGUGACUGACCAGACACCAAUGGAAAUAGUGGUGGACAUAUUCCGUAAGCUGGGGCUCAGACAGUGCCUUGUGACACACAAUGGGGCUGUCUUGGGGAUCAUCACAAAGAAGAACAUAUUAGAACUUCUCGAGCACCUAAAGCAGCACGUGGAACCCUUGGCGCCUCCUUGGUAUUAUCACAAAAAAAGAUAUCCUUCGUCAUAUGGCCCAAAUGGCAAAUCACGAUCCCGAGUCGAUCUUGUUCAACUGAACAACAUCUCAGAGGAAGACAGGGAAGAAAGUGAAGAGGAGGUAUCUUUGCUAAAGAACUCAAUGCCCUGACCAGAGGGUAACCUGGAUUGUUGAAUAAAUUCAAAGCAAGGUGUUUCGCAGCAUUGUUGCACUCCUUUUAUUAUUGCAGGAGAAGCAGAGCCCUUACCUUGGCUACAUGGGACAGUCACCUGUGUCCCAGAGGGAAGUGUAAUAGGCCAACUGUAUGUAGCAGUAAUUACUGUAUGUAGCAGUUGAAUGGGCCAUGCACAGGAGUGUUUAAGACUCAUUAUAUUAGAUCCCUGUUAAUGGGGGUUACACUGAGUUUGAGCCAUCUUUAUUCAAGACUUGUUACCCUUUUUAUCACUGGAGGAAAGAACAGUAUGUUUCAGCUGUCAGAUUAUUACACUUUGAUUAUUCAAGACUCAUCAUAUUAGAUCCCUGUUAAUGGGGGUUACACUGAGUUUGAGCCAUCUUUAUUCAAGACUUGUUACCCUUUUUAUCACUGGAGGAAAGAUCAGUAUGUUUCAGCUGUCAGAUUAUUACACUUUGAUUAUUUCGUACAUUCCUAGAUAGGCAGACUCUAUUAUCCCUUCUUCCUACCCACAAUUCCUCAGUCAAUUCCCAGAGGAGGCUUUUAAAACAGUAAUGUCUCAUAUUGAGAGGGACUGUAGAUUUUUAAAAGCAGCAUCACACACAAGAAUGUGCUUUCUAUAGCUGUGAGCUUGUACCUGAUGGGCUGCAGAAGUGGCUUAUACCCGCAGGGCAUAGAACUAGUCAGUUCAGCAGCUUACAACAAUGGCGUGGCUUCAGAUCAUCCAUUUGUGCUCUGUCCAUUGAUGUGAAGUGGGAAGUUUAGCAAUUUUAUUUUUGUAUUGCAACCCUUGAAUCUGCAUAUGUUUUGCAGUGUUGUGUCAUAAUCCACAUCUAAGGCACAAUUUGCACAGGACCCGCCCUGAAAAUUGUGAAAUAUUUUUUUUUUCCCCCUAAUGCUACACAUGGCUGUAAUGUAUGGCAGAUCUGCAUUCUGUGAACUCUCUUACCUUGUAAAACUAAAAAGAGAAUUCUCUGGUUAACAAGGUUUUCUAUUUAGAAUUGAAGAACAAUAACGACAACUCGUACCUAUAUGAUAGUAGAAACAUCUUAGGACACUGGACAUAAGUGUUUGCUUUGUAUUCUACUUGAAGUUGAACGAGUCAUGAAUUUUCAGGGAAAUUGGUAAUCCUUCUAACACUAGAACAGAGAAAUGAUUAAAUUUGCACUAAAUGGUCAUCUCAGAACAGUAUGUUCCUACUGUAUAACGUCAAAUACAUUGGAAAUGAUUAUUGUGUAUUUAAUCCGUUUAUUGUGAAUCUGUAAUAUGAUUAAAAACAAAUUGUAAGUGG